ACGCGUUCGGCUGGUUCGAGCAUCUUCAGCGCACGUUUACUUCCUUCAUCACAAGGAAAUCUAACCUUCUUAUGACCGACGCCCUCGACAGCCUGGGCCCCAACUUUUCCUUUCAGGACGACGAUAAGCCUGCAAAGGAAAGCAACACCGCGGACUCUGUUCAGUCGAACUACAUCCACAUUCGCUCCCAGCAGCGCAACGGCCGCAAGUCCUUGACGACCAUCCAGGGAAUCAACCCCAAGAUCAACAAGAAGGUGAUCCUCAAGGAGUGCAAGAAGAAGUUCAACUGCAACGGCACGAUCGUUGAUGAUCCCGACCUUGGCCAGGUGAUCCAGCUUCAGGGCGACCAGCGCAAGGUGGUCGCGCAGUUCCUCGUCGACGAGAAGAUCGCGAAGAAGGACGUGAUCAAAGUGCACGGCUCUUAAGAGACUCAGACAUGGCGGCACGGGGAUUCGUCGAGGAAAGGGUGGCGCGCGCUCUCUCGGGCGCGGGCACAACCCCUUCGACUGUUGACGGUGCGAAUUCGCCAGGUUGCGGUCCCCUUGCGAGGCAUGUCUUCGGAUCGGCAUGCGAUCAGGGAAUGUCGAUUCGUAUGCAUUCCCUCGCCACCAACGCGAAUAGGUUACAAAGGUUUAGGCGUCGCGCGCGCAGAAGGAAAGGCGACGAGUCGCUUGUUUUUGGUGCGAGUGACUCGAUGACACUACGUAUGAGUAGCGCGGUCAAAUAUCAUUUCAGACCCGAGUGAAGAGAC